AUUAAAGGCUUAACUGCGCUCCCAUAAACCCUGAUUAAGAAGGUCAUGAAGCUUUAGCCGUUAGCAUUCAGCUAGCACACCAUCGACUGUCUACGUCUCCGCGAGCAGGUUCAUUCAUCCGCCAAAAAUGGAGUGGGCAAGUCAGCUUUGUGAGAACCGCGGUUUGGGAUCCAAGAUGACAGACUCCAAAUACUUCACCACUACCAAGAAAGGGGAGAUCUUUGAGCUGAAGGCAGAGCUCAACAGUGAUAAGAAAGAGAAGAAGAAGGAGGCAGUGAAGAAGGUCAUUGCUUCUAUGACAGUGGGAAAAGAUGUCAGUGCUCUGUUUCCUGAUGUUGUGAACUGCAUGCAAACGGAUAAUCUGGAACUGAAGAAACUGGUCUAUCUGUACUUGAUGAAUUAUGCCAAGAGCCAGCCGGACAUGGCCAUUAUGGCAGUCAACACCUUUGUGAAGGACUGUGAGGACCCCAACCCUCUGAUCCGUGCACUGGCUGUGCGCACCAUGGGCUGCAUCCGAGUGGACAAGAUCACAGAGUACCUGUGUGAACCUCUAAGGAAGUGUCUGAAAGAUGAAGACCCUUACGUAAGGAAGACUGCUGCAGUUUGUGUUGCCAAGCUGCAUGACAUUAACGCCCAGCUGGUGGAAGACCAAGGCUUCCUGGACACUCUGAAAGACCUGAUCUCUGACUCCAACCCCAUGGUGGUGGCAAAUGCAGUAGCGGCUCUGUCCGAGAUAGCUGAGUCUCAUCCUAACAGUAACCUGCUGGACCUGAACCCUCAGACGAUUAAUAAGCUCCUGACAGCCCUUAAUGAGUGCACCGAGUGGGGCCAGAUCUUCAUCCUCGACUGCCUAGCCAACUACAUGCCCCGUGAUGACCGCGAGUCACAGAGUAUCUGUGAGCGGGUAACUCCACGGCUGUCCCACGCUAACUCUGCCGUGGUUCUGUCUGCCGUAAAGGUUCUGAUGAAGUUCAUGGAAAUGCUUCCUAAAGAUCUAGACUAUUACGGCACUCUUCUGAAGAAACUUGCUCCUCCUUUGGUCACGCUGCUCUCAGCUGAACCUGAACUGCAGUAUGUUGCCUUGAGGAACAUUAACCUCAUCGUACAGAAGCGCCCUGAAAUUCUAAAACAUGAGAUGAAGGUUUUCUUUGUGAAAUAUAAUGACCCAAUCUAUGUCAAGCUGGAGAAGCUGGAUAUCAUGAUCCGCCUGGCGUCUCAGGCCAACAUUGCUCAGGUGUUGGCUGAGCUGAAGGAAUAUGCCACUGAAGUGGAUGUGGACUUUGUGCGUAAAGCUGUACGAGCCAUUGGCCGCUGUGCAAUUAAAGUAGAGCAAUCAGCAGAGCGUUGUGUCAGCACACUGCUUGACCUCAUUCAGACCAAGGUCAAUUAUGUGGUGCAGGAAGCCAUUGUGGUCAUCAAGGACAUCUUCCGCAAGUACCCCAACAAAUAUGAGAGUGUGAUUGCCACUCUGUGUGAGAACCUGGACUCUCUGGAUGAGCCUGAGGCACGGGCAGCCAUGAUCUGGAUUGUGGGAGAGUACGCAGAAAGGAUUGACAAUGCAGAUGAGCUGCUGGAGAGCUUCCUGGAAGGCUUUCAUGAUGAGAGCACGCAGGUGCAACUGCAGUUGCUGACAGCAAUUGUGAAGUUGUUCCUGAAGAAACCCACUGAGACCCAGGAGCUGGUGCAACAAGUGCUCAGUCUUGCCACACAGGAUUCUGAUAAUCCUGACCUGCGUGACCGUGGCUACAUCUACUGGCGUCUACUCUCCACUGACCCUGUGGCAGCAAAAGAGGUGGUGCUGGCCGAGAAGCCUCUGAUAUCAGAGGAGACGGACCUGAUUGAGCCCACCCUGCUGGAGGAGCUUAUCUGCCACAUUGGUACUCUGGCCUCAGUCUACCACAAACCUCCCAGUGCUUUUGUGGAGGGCAGCCGUGGCGUUCAGCACAAGAAACUUACUGCUCGUGCUGGCUCUGGGGAAAGUGCCGAGAGCCCUGAUGUUGGCCUGUCUGGACCUUCGGAAGCUCCACCUGCCGUCAUUCCAUCACAAGGUGAUCUCUUGGGUGACCUGCUGAACCUGGAUCUGGCUCCACCCACUGCCACUGUCCCUUCAGUGCAGCCCUCAAUGCAGAUGGGAGCCAUGGACCUGCUGGGAGGAGGUCUGGAUAGUCUGAUGGGCGAUGAAUCAGAUACGCCGGGAGUUUCCCACAGGACAGAGGUGCAGUCUCCCCAGCCAUCUUCUGAUUAUAAUGAGAGAGAGCUGGGAGGAGACAUCGGCGGAAGCCCUUCGAUGGUUGGCGGUUUGGGGGUGGCCCCAGCAGCCAUGCCUUCUGCUCUUGGCGGAGCCCCUGCUGUUGGAGGUGGAUUAGGAGACCUUUUUGACCUCAGUGGAGGUGUUGGCAUGUCAACAGGAUCCUACGUUGCUCCUAAAACUGUGUGGUUACCAGCAAUGAAAGCUAAAGGGCUGGAGAUUUCUGGGACAUUUGCCCGACGUGGUGGGAUUAUUCAGAUGGAUCUUUCUCUUACCAACAAAGCCAUGAGCGUUAUGACUGACUUCGCCAUUCAGUUCAAUAGGAACAGUUUCGGUCUCGCCCCUGCUGGCCCUCUGCAGGUUCUGACUCCUCUGAGCCCCAAUCAGACCAUUGACGUCAGUCUCCCUCUCAGCACGAGCGGCCCUGUCAUGAAGAUGGAACCUCUCAACAAUCUGCAGGUAGCUGUGAAGAAUAACAUCGAUGUGUUUUACUUCAGCUGCCAAUAUCCCAUCAGCAUGAUCUUUGUAGAGGAUGGAAAGAUGGAACGUCAGGUGUUCCUGGCCACCUGGAAGGACAUUCCAAAUGACAACGAGGCACUGUUCCAAAUCAAAGACAUCCACCUCAACUCAGACGCGGCCAGCAACAAGCUGCAAGGCAGUAAUAUCUUCACCAUAGCCAAGAGAACAGUGGAGGGGCAGGACAUGCUGUACCUGUCUGUCAAACUCACCAACGGCAUUUGGGUGCUGGCAGAAAUGCGCAUACAGACCGGCAACCCCAACUACACGUUGUCGAUAAAGUGCAGAGCGCCAGAGGUGUUUCCGUUUGUGUUCCAGUGCUAUGAGUUGGUGUUGAAGAACUGAAGUGGUGGAAACCAACAGGAAACCGCAGUUCAAA